ACAAAAGGGUUAAAAGAGAAAAGAAGCUGCAAAAAAAAAAAGUGCUUGGCUGAAUGGUCCCAAUUAAAAUUAAAGUUACCGAAACGAUCUGCCAAAAACAGGCUUUGAGAAAGACAUUGUAACAAAAUAAAAAAAAAGAACUUGCAGCCGAUCAAAAUAAACAGCUUCAUGUUAGGGAGGUGUUGCAUGAACAGGCAGAUAACUGUUUAUCACUGUUCAUCUUUAAGGAAUUCCUCUCUCCCUCUCCCUCUCUCUCUUUCUCUUUCUUUUUUUUUUUUUUUGAACCUUGAUUUAUGAAUUACUGGUUAGAAAACACGAAAAUAUUUGUUCGCCACAAAAAGAACCUAUCAUGGGUUGCUGUUACAAUGACAGCCGUAUUCCUUUAUAGGACGUAUCGAAAAGUAUCUCGGCCCCCUAGACAAUUAAGACAUAUUCCAUUUUUAAAUUACUUUCAAAUGAUGAAUGUCUUGUUGCGACGUGAACCUAUCUCUCAAUACAGUCGAAGACUUGUAGAGCCAAUAUUGUCUAAAGCACAAGGUUUAUAUACUCGACCAACGAGAUUGGGAUGGACUGUUUAUAUUACAAACCCUCAAAUCAUCAAAUCAAUUUUACUCAAACAAAAUCAAUUUCCAAAAGCAGAUGUGUUUAUAUCAGGUGGAGAAGGUAGUCUGCCAAACAAAUUUAUAGUGGGUCCAAACAUGGUUUUUUUAGAAAAUCAAGAUUGGAAAAGGCAUCGAAAAAUUGCCAAUCCAGCAUUUCAACAAGUGAUACCCCACAAAGUGUUUGGGAGACUAACUAUCCAGAUGUUCGGAGUCAUUGACCAGAGCAUUGAAAUGCGAACAAGUAUAGAAAUAGGAGAUGUUUUAAAGCGUUUGACAUUAAAUGCAUUAACGUUGGCAGGAUUUGGAUUUGAUAUCAAUGCAUUGAAUGACCCAAGUAACGAAUGGUUAAGAACAUAUGAGAAUAUCAUUGUGGGUAUGCAGGAUCCGGUCUAUUUCUUUUUCCCGGUCUUGGAACGUCACUUUUUAAACUUUUUGCCCAAGCGAAAACUCAUCCAUCGAGAUUGUGAUCGUUUUCUAAAGCUCAUGGAUGAUAUGAUUGAAGAAAAAAGAAGGAUAGUGAAUGAAGAUGAAGGUAUAGUUGUUGCUGAAAAGAAAGAGGAUUUAUCUGAAAAAGACAUCUUGACUUUGCUCUUGGAAAACGAGAAAAAUGAAAACGAUAACAACACAUUCAUGACAAACGAAGAAUUAAAGAGCAACUUGUGUCUGUUUUUCUCGGCAGGUCAUGACUCUACAACGGGUGCAUUGUCAUUUGCGUUGUAUCAUAUGGCUGUGAACCCCGACAUACAACUGAAAGCCAGAGCAGACGUAGUAAACGUGCUAGGAAAUUCAAAAUCAGAUGUGCUUCCUACCAGCGCACAAACCAAAGAGAUGAAGUAUUUAAACAUGGUGAUCAAAGAGACAUUAAGAAUCCAACCUUCCGUUCCUGUUGCAUCUGCAAGAAAAGCAAGAGAGGACUGUACUUUGGGCGAUGUGUUUAUCCCAAAGGACACAGUACUUUUGAUUGAUAUUUACAAUACGCAUCGAAAUCCAAUUACUUGGGACGAACCUCACAAAUUCAACCCAGAUAGAUUUAGGCCAGGAGGUGAAGCGGAACAAAAAAUUUCGGGUGAGUUUGGAAACCCAUGGAUUCCGUUUGGUAAUGGAGCAAGACAGUGUAUAGGCAUGCAAUUUAGUUUAGAGGAGCAAAAAGUGGUACUUUCAAUGCUACUUCGAAAAUACACCUGGUCUUUACCAAAGGACUCCAUCCAUGAAGACGAAGUGAUUACCAAAGGCAUCUUUUUUGUUGUGGCCAAAGACCUUCAAUUGAAUUUCAAAUCCAGAUAUUAAAAAUCGUAUACUUUUUCA